UGCAGCUGUUUGUCAACAAAAUGGCCUUCCCCAAUUGCUUUUCGAAUUCGAGGACCUACUAACUAUGGUGAAAUAGUAUUGAAACUCUGGUUGAACAAUAUAGAGACGAUUUUUUUAAAACACAGUAUUUACCAUCAUAUUACUGUGUUCACAAUAGGCAUAUAUCGUUGACAAAGCCAGAUCAAUACUGGAAUUUUUUUGCUCCAUUCUCGAGUUAGCUUACAAAUGCUAACAGUCUACCUGCAAACCCUUAUCGACCUCCGCUUUCAUCUCUUAAUUGUUUUUAAAACCACACAUAGAGAUUUGAAGGAUUUUUGUCUUAAAUUCAACAAUAUAGCCACUUUUUGUAACAAAAAUAAAACUGUCGGAACGAAAUCAGCGGAGAUUUGGUUUCAGAAGAAGUCCUCAGAUGGAGUAAUCUGUCCGGCUGGAGCCUGCAGAUCUGAAAAGUGAGAAUGAGUGGUGAAUUGCAGAGUAGCUGCCCAGCAUAGAGGCAGGUAUGCUCUCCAUGGGCUCACAAUGAACCGUGACACCUUUUCCCACAUCCGGCUGUGGUGCCCUCGCCCCUUUGGCACCUACUCCCAGAAUAAGCCAUACAGCAAUGGUACAAUCUGCAAUGGAACAGCUGCUACCCACUGCAAGGCUGAUGAUUCGGGGCUUACAACCUUAGAGACCCAUGGAGUCAGUGAGGAGCAGGAUGAGGAUGUUGGCACUGAAAACACUCCACCAGAUGCUUCAUCUACCCUUCUGGCUCCACCACUACCUGCUUCACCCUCUCCGAAUUCACAGAUGGAGGAUGGCAGGGUAUUGCUUGAUACCUGGUAUGUCAUUAAACCAGGCAACACCAAGGAGAAAAUUGCCUUCUUUGUAGCUCACCAGUGUAAUGGUGCUGGAAUUCCCAGGCCUAGUGCCAUGAAAGUUAAGGGAAACUGGGCUACUGAUUGUACCAAGGCCAAGCGCCGUCGUCGCUGCUCCUCUUAUGACCCUCCCACUAGAGCUCAAAAUGUUGUCGUUGAUGUACCCACAGAAUCCAACUUGACGGAGAAUGGUGUUGGAGUUAGUGAGACUGAUUUGCUCUCUGUGGCCGAAAUGGUGGCCCUUGUAGAACAGCGUACAGCCUUGGCUCUUCAAGGUAUGGUAGCGCAAGGACAAACUAGUCCUUAUACAGUACUUCAGAAACCUGUUGUAAUAGUUUCAGAAUCCCCUUCAUCUGCACCAUCUUCUCAAAGUGACUUUGAUCUGCUGCAGCAACAGCAGGAAUCCCGACGGGUUGCUCAGGCUGUUGCACAAUUUGAAUCUCAGCAGCAGAAUCUCAACAGUACGACUUUGCGGCCUGAGCUCAAUGGAAGAGACCGCAUUCACACUGGUGAUUCUGUGGGUGGUGCUCCAAGUCAUGGACGAGGGGAAGUACGGAUUGCUUUCCGGGUGUCAAGUCUGGACCCUCGCACCCAGUCUGAGCCUGUUGGCCGGCCCAAAUGCAUUCCUCAGAUGGAGUAA